AUGGUUGGCCGUGGCAUAGGCGGCAUUGAUGGCGGUGGCAUGGGUGGCAUGGGUGGCGGUGGCAUUGGCGGCAUGGGAGGCGGUGGCAUUGGCAGCAUCGGUGCCUUCGGAGCUACCAUGGGCGGCAUGAGUGGCAUCGGUGGCUUUGCAGCUACCAUGGAGGCCAUGGGAGGCAUGGGUGGCUUCGAAGCGACCAUGGGAGGCAUGAGUUUUGCGUCUCUCAUGGGAGACAUGGGAGCACCUCCGGGCGGCAUGGGCGGAAUUUCUUCUGGUGCGCCUCAUCACACACCUUCCGUUGAAGAUCCUGCCAACACCUUCCGAGGUACACAUGAUGAUGCGGCUUGCGACAAUGAAGAGGAGGAGGAAAAAUCGUCUUCGGAUGAGGAAGAUGAAUCGGAGGAAGAGGAGGACGAAGACGAGGAUGAGGCAUGA